AUGAUGGGCUUUGGGCCCAAACUCAGACACUUCAGUCAACUUAAAGAUCCACAAAACACCAAGUACCUCAAUGAUGAGAACCCCGCCACUCACAAAGGACAAACUAAGCUGCAGUUGAAGAUGCAUGUUCCUCAUUGUCAAGACUAUGCAUCUGCAUAUACUGCAACUAUCAAUCAGUGUUUCAUUUCUUAUGCGUCUUGGCUUUGCUUCUUCCAGGCUGUGGCAGUAUCUUAUGCUAAACAAGUUGUGAAGCUGAUGGAUAGUUUGCUCAUGGCAGAGAAGGGCAUAGUUGAAACAAAUAAGGAACUGAACACCCAGAAAAUGGGAGCAUCCUUGAUCCACAAAACUGAUACUUUCAGACAUAUGUUACUUUGA